AUGCAGCUGUGUGGGAUCGAGGCUUGGUUGAGUGUGCCAUGUACGUCCCCUGCAUGCAGUCACAGGCCCAGAGGAUGUGUUUAUCCGGCUGGCAAUUCCGUGAACUUGGCACUGAAGGAGACGCCUAACACAUGGCAUCACGUGGCCAGGUGCCUUUUGGAAGGCAAGAUCAGCUUGAAGCUUCGAGGUGGCAGCUGGAGCAGUGUCGCCCAGCGUCAUGCAAGUGGAGAGGCCGCUCUCCCAGCCAUGUGCGACGUGCUUAGCCCAGACUACAUUCUUUGGCAAAGCCCUGUGCCAACUGCCUCCCUUGGUGAAACUGGGUACACGGCAGGAGGGACAGCUGCAGGACACCCAAAAAGUCUCAACCGGCCGUGCCCGCCAACAUACCGCGAAUCGGGACAGGCGGGGUAG